GCACGCAGUCGCCGCCUCCUGGUGGCGUCAGUUCGUUUUGGUGCAGUGAUGGCGGUGGACGUUCCAGAGACCCUUUGCUGUGAGAGCCCCGUCAUCCCCUAUGAGGAGGACGGAGAUGAUGGCAGUUCGGAGAGGUCCAGUAGUCCGGGGAGAAGCGGGGAUAGCACGAUCAGCAGCGCCCCGACCACAGGGGCCUCCUCACGUAACGGAACCACCGGAGGGGAGGAGGCCGAACCCCUCAGCCGCAUGGACUCCGAGGACAGGGUCAGUUUAGUGGUGGAAUGUGCUGCAGCCGAGGAGAGAGGAGGAAGCACCUGGGUCGUGCUGAACAACAGCAAGCUGUGCAGUCUGGGUCAGCCGUUCAUUGUCAGUGGCGAUGAUGGCUUGAUUAGUAUAAGCAGCACCCUGAUGGAUGUGGACAGCACAAUCUCCAGUGGACGCUCCACCCCAUCCAUGAACGGUCUAGGAUUAUCCAACUCAUCAGGCAAAAUCAUUUCCUACAACUGCUGCUGGGACCAGUGCCAGAACUGCUUCUCCUCCAGCCCUGACCUCGCCGAGCACAUCCGUUCUCUUCAUGUUGACGGCCAGCGUGGAGGGGUGUUCGUCUGCUUUUGGAAGGGAUGUAAGGUGUACAACACACCCUCCACUAGUCAAAGCUGGCUGCAGCGACACAUGUUGACACACAGUGGAGAUAAACCCUUCAAGUGCGUCGUUGGAGGAUGUAAUGCCAGCUUUGCCUCGCAAGGAGGUCUUGCCCGCCACGUGCCCACUCACUUCAGUCAGCAGAACUCUUCGAAAAUGUCCAGCCACAAGUCCAAAGAGGAUUCUCCCUCCAAAGCUGCAUUGAAUAAGCGAAGGAAACUGAAGAAUAGACGGAAACGCACACAACGAAGAGCUGACUCCUGCCGGAGAUCGCAGCCAUCUUCUAGAGAAAGAGCCCGACCACAUGACUUCUUUGAUGCUCAAACGCUGGACGCCAUUCGCCAUCGUGCCAUUUGCUUUAACUUGGCAGCCCAGAUCGAAUCAUUAGGGAAGGGGAACAGCGUGGUCUUUCACAGCAUGGUGAUUGCAAAAAGAAAAGAAGAUUCUGGAAAGGUGAAGUUGUUGCUGCACUGGACCCCAGAAGACAUCCUCCCGGAUGUCUGGGUGAACGAAACAGAAUGGCACCAGUUGAAGACCAAGGUUGUCCACCUAUCCAAACUCCCGAGCGACACCGCGCUGCUCUUGGACCCCAACAUAUACAGAAAUCCUAAUAAAAGGAUGGCACACAGUGGAUCACUGAAAGAUCACUGCUUUUAAGAACCCAUCCUGAGCCGUGCCACAGGAGCAUCCUAGGAGAAGAUAACGGCAGAUGGCACCAGAGAAGCAGCACAGUCUUCACCACUGAGAAACAUUUUGAUUGGAAAAUUGCACAUUUGCUUAAUCCUUGUCCCGCCAGUCUUUGAUUGCAGUGUACACUGAUUGUAACAUUUGUGUUGUGGGGUAUAAAUGUUGACUUCUUGCUUAUCUCUCCUCCCUGAUUUGCCAUGUCAGGCCGUGCAUGGUGGCCGCCCUCGUCUAAUGUAACUUGUGCUGUGAUAUCAUUUUAUCCCAGUUUAUGGCGGAUGUCCUCUUGUACUGGCUUAAUUUGCUGACCAGUAUGUUCCAUCUGAACCAUUCACUGUGUCACAGCGGUCACAGCCCAGUAAAUGAUCCCCAAUAAUGUAUCUGCUGGGGGCGCCCAAAUUCCCCCCCAACAAUCCUGACAACAAUCAUGGGAAUCAGAAAGAUGUACUUUAAUGACCUAUAAAAUAUAACGCACCAAAGUCAGACAUGAUAUCUGCUGAAAUAACUAUAUUUUUUUUUACGAAGAAAACUGAAAAUCAGGCUUAUUUACUGGUCCUGUCCAAACGUUGGAGCGGUUUGUGCAUCCCUUGUAAAUAAUCCCGAAGAUUUGUAAUAUAUUUUUAUAUUAUGAACUUUACCUUUCUGUAGAUUUUGUUUUUAGAAGCAUGAGAAUUACUGUACAUAUCUGGGAAUCAUAAAGUCCAUUUUGUUAGGCCAGGUUUCCCUUUUAUAAUGAAAGAAGCACCUUUUUGUAACAAUAAAAAUGUCCCUACAAACUAA